AUGGAGACAAUUCUGCUGCUUUUUGUGCUUUUACUACCAGCAGCUGCUCCAAAGGGUUCUCACUCGUUACAGUUACUUGCAACUUACAUGAAAGGGCAGUCACUCUUUCCUGAAUAUAGUAUCACAUUUAUGUUGGAUGACAUCAUAAUUGGAUAUUAUAAUUCAGAGACAAACCUCUACAUUGUGAGAGGAAAUACAACAGAAGAAGAUGAUAAAUUCAAUGAAAAUUAUCACAAGGUUAUAAGUGAAGAUAUGUACAGGUUUAUAAACCAUAGACUGGAAUUACAAUUUGAUAAUCAUACAAACAAUCUUGAGGUUCAUCAGACACUGGUUCACUGUGAGCUCUUGGACAAUAUGGAGUCAGGACAAAUCACAGCCAAGGGUGCUACAGGAGGAUCCACUGUAGUUGAGCUGCGAUUUCUUAACAAGAAGGCAAAUUUCAGUUCUUCGUUCAACACAGAGAAGGUCAAACCAUUUGUAACAUUUCUGAAAGAUCAUUAUGAAGCAGUCUACUACUCACUUUGCAUGAAAACUCUCAAGGCUAACUUUAAAAUGAGAAGAAAUCAAGUCAAUAGAAAAGCAUCACGUUUCCAGGAGUGCAUUUAUCCUUCUUUACUUUCUUCCACAGUGAAACCCAGAGUCAGACUUAUUCAGAAAGCAAACUCAGAUUCUGGAGGGUUUCGUGUGAGUUGUUUGGCAACAGGAUUUUACCCUCGUCACAUCAACCUGACCCUGUUCAGAGAUGGACAGCCUGUACCUGAUCAUGAGAUCACUGGAGGAGAUCUGCUGCCCAAUGGUGACGGGACGUACCAGAUGAGGAAGAGUCUGGAGAUCAGUGCAGACAAACACAGAUACAGCUGCUCUGCCACACACCUCAGUCUGGACAACAAACUGGACAUUGAGUUGGAAUAUCCAGGGGUAACGUUUGAGUCAGUGCCUUCUUCUGUGCUUGUGGUUUGGAUACUGGUGAUGGUGUUAUUGACAGUGGCUGUCAUUAUAUGGAUCAUUUUAUGGAGAAAAUGGCAUUCAGGUGACUACUCGUCUACUUCUACAACGGCAGAUUCAUAAGGUUUAUAGGUAAAAUAACAUGAUUGGCUUAAGAAAGAUAUAACAUGCUUGUGUGUUUUUGC